AUGGGUAACUCGUCGUCCAAGGACUCCAGAGGCCCUCCCUUGACCAGAACCGACACAGGCAACUCCGCCAAGUCAGGACGGUCCAUUCGGUCCCGAAUCUCGCUCCAGAAAACCGACAGCAAUGGCUAUGCCAACGGAGAGCUCACGAGCUCGUCACCAGGCUCCCCCAAACAGGGCCCACGGUCACCCAAAAUGCUCUCGCGCACGCCGUCCAACACCAACGAGUUGGCCAUACCGUCGUCAGGCCUCUCGCGCAAUUCGUCGUCGUCCAAGCUCUCGUCGUCGCACCACUCGGGCAUGAACUUGCCGCCUUCCAUGGCCCAGGUCCAGCCCAAAGAGCCCAUCUUGAUCCGCAGAAACACCAACGACACCAUCGGCACGUCGUUCAGCCACUUGUCGCAGAGCGUGGAGUCGUCGCCCUUUGGAAAGUCGCCUACCAACGGCUCCAACACCCCUGCCAUCUCGCGCACGUCCACCAACCACUCCAUACCCAGCGUCAGCCACCCACUGUCGCCUCCUCCCGGUAGUACGGCUGAAGAAACGGAGCCCAGGCUGCCUGACGACAAUGAAAUACCGUCUGAGGCCGAGGACAACGUCGACAAUGCCCGUCUCCAGAAGACUAUCAGCGGUCAGAGCAUCACCAACCAUACCAUCUCCAAAACCAACACCAACACCAGCUUUGGUACGUCCAACGGCGGCUCCAACAACUACUCCAUAGACAUAGAAGACCUCAUCCAAAGGCUCUUGGACGCAGGCUACAGUGGCAAGCGAACCAAGAACGUGUGUCUCAAAAAUUCGGAGAUCCAGUUGAUCUGUGCCACUGCCAGAGAGAUCCUCUUGUCACAGCCGUCGCUCUUGGAGUUGUCACCCCCCGUCAAGGUGGUGGGUGACGUCCACGGCCAGUACGGAGACCUCAUCCGUAUCUUCACCAAGUGCGGAUUUCCUCCCUCCACAAACUACUUGUUUUUGGGCGAUUACGUUGACAGAGGCAAGCAGUCAUUGGAAACUAUCUUGUUGUUGUUGUGCUACAAGAUCAAGUAUCCUGAAAACUUCUUCUUGCUCAGAGGGAACCACGAGUGCGCCAACGUCACCAGAGUCUACGGCUUCUACGAUGAGUGCAAGAGAAGGUGCAAUAUAAAGACCUGGAAAUUGUUUAUCGACACCUUCAACACCUUGCCCAUUGCAGCCAUAGUCGCAGGCAAGAUCUUCUGUGUCCAUGGCGGAUUGUCACCCGUGUUGAACUCUAUGGAUGAAAUCAGAAACAUCGCCAGACCUACAGACGUGCCAGACUUCGGCUUGCUCAACGAUCUUCUAUGGUCCGAUCCUGCGGAUACCAUCAAUGAAUGGGAAGAUAACGAACGAGGGGUGUCGUAUGUGUUUUCCAAGGUUGCCAUCAAUAAGUUCCUUUCCAAGUUUGGGUUCGAUCUCGUGUGCCGAGCACAUAUGGUGGUCGAAGAUGGAUACGAGUUCUUUAACGAUCGUACCUUGGUCACGGUGUUCAGUGCGCCCAAUUACUGUGGGGAGUUCGACAAUUGGGGCGCAGUAAUGAGUGUCUCCGAGGAGCUUCUCUGUUCGUUCGAAUUGUUGGAUCCAUUGGACAGUGUGGCCUUGAAACAAGUAAUGAAAAAGGGCAAACAAGAACGUAAGUCGGCCCAAAUUCAGCAGCAGCAGCUGAAAUCGUGA